AUGUCCCCUUUUAAUGAAAUACCAGCUGCUGCGGUUGACCCUGCAGAACCGCAAAAGAUUUUAGCUCUCCUUGCUCAGACUGGUGCGAAGUUAACUUCGAUCUUGACGACUCACCAUCAUAAACAUCAUUCAUAUGGCAAUAUCGAUUUAGUAAUGACAAAACCCAAUCUCGCUGUUUAUGGGGCUGAUGCACGAAUUCCUGAAUUGAAUUAUGUUUGUAAGCAUAAUGAGGAAUUCACCGUUGGUACUUUAAAAGUUCGUUCAUAUCAUACCCCAUCACAUACCAGAGGCAGUGUGUGCUACUAUGUAAGAGAUGGUAACGAGGAAAAUGAAGAAAUGGAAAGGGCCGUGUUUACUGGAGACACUUUGUUAGUAGGUGGGUGUGGAAGGAUCACUGAAGGAGACGCGAAAGACAUGUACAACGUUCUUUAUAAUAUAUUAGGAAAACUACCAAAGGAUACAAAAGUUUAUUGUGGCCAUGAAUGUGCUAGAUUAAAUCUUCAGUUCGCGAAUACGGUAGAUCCUAACAAUAAUAAUAUACGAAAAAAAUUGUCAUGGUCUCAAACUGCACAUUGUACCGUUCCUAGCACUAUUGAAGAAGAAUUAGAAUAUAACCCUUACCUAAGGGUUUCGGACCCAGCUAUUCAGCAAGCAACAGGUGUUACUGAUCCAUACGAAGUUACUCGAAUGCUGAGAGCAUUAAAUGACACGUUCAUGAGUCAAACGGAUGGAAGCAAUGGAUUAGGAUUGCAUGGGAUUAACGAAAGUGAGAACAAUGUUAAUGAGAUGAAUGGGGUUCAUAAUGGAAUCUCAGGAAUUUUCGACUCUUAUAUAAAAAUGAAUAUAUAUGAAGCUGAGGAUUUAAACAUAUUAAAUACGAUUAUAGGCAAGUCUGGAGGAAGUCCAAUCAAAAAGACAACAAUCAAUUAA